GCAUUCCGCGUCACGUGUUUUGGGAAUAUCACAUGUGAAAAUAUUGACAGAUAUUGAUUUCUCUGCGGCACAGUUCUGUACGGAAAGCGAGCAAUUCGGAAAUGAUGCUGCAAGCUGCUAGUCAUUCAAUCCUGCUGCAAUGAGGGGGUUGGAACGAUGGUAUUCUUGUUUAAUAGAAACACUGAAGACGUUAUAGAUGAAUGGACGUAUUUUGUAGAAGAAAGCUCAUCGAAUUUUUUUUUUGGUGCGUGUUGAAAUGAUACUUUGUGGACGUUAAAAGAAACGCUUUAAAACGUUUAAAUAUGGCUGAAAUAAAACCACCAGAGUUUAAAGAAGGAGACAAGCUAAGAUCCAUUCGAAGAAGGCUCAAGCUACUAAAACAAGAAAUAUCCGAGCUGAGCAAAAAGAACUACGAGCUAGAACGAGAUGUGAAGUUUUUUGACCAAAGAAUAGCUCUCCUAAUAAACCACAGAAUUGCGGUUGAGGAAUUGUCGGACCGGAUAGGAGAUUACGAUAGGAGAGUUGGUGUAUUGAAAGAUGAGCUUCAGCAACAGCGUUUCGGGAACCUUUUUUAUCUGCUGCAGACUGAGCCAUCCUAUCUCGCCCAGUUGUCAAGGAUAGUUUCCUUGAGUGAGAUUGACUCCCUGCUACAACCUGUGAUGUUUUCCCUUUAUGGCAACCAGUAUGAAACAAGAGAAGAGUACCUCCUGCUCUCUAUGUUUGAGUUGGCUCUCAAAUAUGAAUUCGCAGAGUCUGAAAACUUCAAUAGUUUGCUUCGAGCCAACACAGCAAUCUCGCGGAUGAUGACUACUUAUACAAGAAGAGGACCCGGUCAGGAAUAUUUAAAGUGUACUCUGGAGGAGCCUUUAAAUGAUCUUAUGUCUCAGGAAGACUUGGUGCUUGAAAUUAAUCCCAUCAAGGUUUACAUUGAGCUGUAUGGCCACCCGAUGGAUGAGAGUUCUCUUACUUUAGAGAGAGCCAUGGAUGAUCCUGAGGUCAUGUUCAGAACUAAACUUCGGAUAAAGAAGCUCCAAGACAUAUCGUCCUUGUUUCUUGGUAUAAUCAUCAGCUCACUCUCUCAAGUGCCCUAUGGGAUACAAUGGCUCUGCCGUGCCAUUAAGGAAUUAGCCAUGGAAAAAUUCCCAGAAGCCACUCCUGAGCAAAUCAAUGCUAUGAUUGGUGGAUUUUUCCUAUUGAGAUUCAUCAAUCCUGCAAUUGUCACUCCUACAGCCUACAUGCUAGUCAAUAAACAACCUACAUAUACUAUGAGAAGAAACCUAACUCUGAUUGCCAAGAUACUGCAGAGUAUGGCUAACAAGAACGUUGUCAGCAGUCAUUUUAAAGAGGAAUACAUGCAACCCCUCCAGCCGUUUGCAAUUAACCAUGUAGACUUAAUGCAGAGUUUUCUAAGUGAUUUGUCAUCAGUUCCCGAUUUUCAUGAAAGUUUAGAGAUGGAGCAUUACUUAUCCUUGUCAAAAGAUAUCAAGAUAUCAAUCACCCUGAAUGAAAUGUACAAGAUUCAUGAACUCAUCACGAGACACACUGAUUACUUGGCGUUAACGGAAGACGACCCACUGCACAUUUUACUGGAUGAGCUUGGCCAGGCAGAGCAUCAGCUUCCUUGUGUGGAAGAUUGCACUAUACACCUUGUCUUAACAAAUAAAUGGGGAGCGUCCAAACAAGUGUUUCGUGCGGAGUCAGUAGAAUCUACCUUUAGUAAGAAGUUGGAGAGCGAAGCCGUCAAAGAGCAGUGCCGACGUUUGCUGGUCAAGUUAUUAAGUCUGUGCCCCGCCCUCAUGAUGGAAUCUUCCCUCCUGAACGCCAUCAAACGAGCGCAACUGGAACCAGAAACAGACUGGGGCAGGAUAGGGGCUUAUCUACUGCAGAGGUUCCAAGGCGUCGAGGAGUUCACUUCUGUCCUGGAGGGCGACAAGAUCUUUUUCCAGCAAAUCAAAGAAGAAGUUCAACUCAAACUGAUGAAAUACGAAAAAUUAGAACUAGAAUUGAAAAGCCUUCAAAGAGUGUACGAGGCCUUAAAUGAUCAUGGACAGUUCCUACGGGAACAGCUGGAUGCGUACAAAGAAUACUUAGUUGCGGUACGGACAAGAGCUGCGUCAGUCUCAAAGGCUCAAAAGAGGGGGAGUUUUGGUAGCUCAUCAUCGCAAGGAGGCAAUAAGCAGAUACGGUUCUCGUACAACCAGCUUGAGCGAGAGGGAGUGAUAAUAGAGACGCAGGGGAUACCAGUCCACAGGAAGUCUGAUAUAUCUGUAACUUUAGCAUCUCCUGAGCCCGGUAUCUACACCAUCGCCUUGUAUUACAAAGGCAAGACGAGUAAAGCGUACGAGACCGAUCUUAACCUAGAAGAACUUCUCGAGAAACAGCACUUGAGCGACCCGGUCCUCCAUCUAAAUGAUUUUGUCGUCGUGGAUGUGAAGAGAACGCUGCUACUUUUGCAUAAAUAUUUUGCGUCUACUUAAUUUAGACUCCCUUUGGACGUUCAUUCGGGUCAGGAAUCUACUUUGAUUGUUUUCCAAAUUAAAAGGAAAUCAAAAAAGAUCUACCCAAACUAGUUUAUUAUUAUCGUCAAUUUUGUAAAAAAAAAUAGCAGUUAUCUCUAGUAAGAGAAAAUGAAAAAAACAAUCUUAACAGUAAACCAGACAUAUCCAGAGUGUCAUAUAUAUUUUGUAUACGCCAAAAUAAUAUUUCUGUUUAAUAUAUUUUGUAUUUGCUCAAAUUGCGAAGUUUAUUUUUGUUGUACAAGAUGUAAACGCAUAGGACAUUAAAAGUGUCAAGACUUUCAGUCAACAGUGAUAAUUAAAAAAAGAACUUUUCAUCACA